AAAAACUUUGUGCCAUUUAUCUCCGAUCGGUAAAAUAACGAAAUGUCAGUUUGCUCUUCUUGGCGCUAUCAUCUUCAAAUAAAAUCAAAUUUACCACAUCAACAUGGCGGAUAAAUCGGAAAGAGACCAAGAUGGGGAAAAUAAUUCGGUGCGAUCCAGUGUCAGGGUUAAAGAUGAACCAAUGGACUUCGAAUUGCCUGAAGAAGCUGAAGAACCACCAGCCUUUGGCCCAGCUGCGCUCGGCCUUCAUAGAGUGGGUACGAAAUUACCCCCAAAACCAGCUCCAAGUGAGCCUGUACAAAAGUUAAAUGCAAGAGGUAUGCCUGCUAGAAUCAGGAAAAAGAACAAAUUCAUAUUUGUUGAUGAUUUUGUGAAUACUUCUCCUCCAAGACAGUCUCCCAAAAGAACACCAAAAAUUCUAUCAAAAACUCCAAGUAAAACUUCUAGUGCUAAGAAACAGAAGUCUCCAAGUAAAGUACAGAGAAACCAUGAUAAAGCUGAAAGUAUAGCUACUCAGUCACCUGAUCGCAAGUCUGGUCAACGAAUUGGUAUGAGACUAAGAAAUUUGCUCAAAUUACCUAAAGCACACAAGUGGGUAUGUUUUGAAUAUUUCUACAGUAAUAUUGACAAGGCACUGUUUGAUGGAGAGAAUGAUUUUAUGAUAUGCCUCAAAGAGUCAUUUCCACAACUAGCGAAUCGUAAGUUAACUCAAGUACAAUGGGCCAAGAUUAGAAGAAUGAUGGGUAAGCCCCGAAGAUGUUCUCAAGCAUUUUUUGCUGAAGAAAGGAAGGAAUUGGAAAGGAAGAGAAAGUUGAUUAGAUUUAUUCAACAAAGAAAAAAUGCAGAUUUAUGUAUCAAAGAUCUGCCGAAUGAGAUACCGAUGCAGUUAGUAGUGGGCACAAAAGUGACAGCCAGACUUCGUAAGCCACAGGAUGGUUUAUUCACUGGUUGUAUAGAUGCUGUUGAUACAUCCAACAAUACAUACAGAAUAUCAUUUGAAAGGCCAAAAUUAGGUACACACUCAGUGCCAGAUUUUGAGGUGUUGUCGAACGAUCCACCUGAUACAAUAUGUCUUUCUAGUAUCACCCAAAAGUUCAGACCUCGGUACGUCAUGCAAGGAAUUUAUAAUUUACAUCAGCCCACUACACCCAAUAAUAACAACACACAAGGAGAUCCUUUAAUUGGCUGCUCGGACUUAAAGAAAACUGUUGAGCCUACAAUCACCAGCUAUCCUUUGGCUUUUAUGGAGUUAAUAGUGAAACUUACAAAAAUCCUCCAUGCAAAAAGAAAUAAAAUAAACAGACUAAAAGAAUAUAACAGUGAAGCUGAAAAACGUAAAUGUUUUGGACAAAAAAUGCCUGAAGAUUUUGAAAGAAAAUAUGCUGCCAUAGUUAUUGACUUAGAAAGAAUGAACAUGGACUUACAGGAGUAUAUUAAUGAAAUACAAAUUUACUGUCAGCAGAUUGCUCCAGGGCCUAGCUUGGCAGCAAUGCUAGCACCAUCACAUUUAAGAGAAAAAUGUCGCGAAGAGGCAUCUUACUUAGUUGAGAAAAAUAAUAAUGGAUCAGUCAAGGAUGAAAAUUUAAUAGACAUUAUUACUGAUUUGACAGCAUUGAUGUUACAAGUUAAAAGUUUAUCUGAUUCUGAUCAAAAUGCCUACGAAUUGAGCGUACUUCAAGGAACAAUGGAUCAAAUUAAACUCAAAUUAAAACCACACCAUCAAAAAGUAUUCCAAAAUAAUAUUGAAAUUCAUAUGCAUAGAAUACAAAUGGGUCUGGGGCAAACUUCAUCAAGUAGUGGCACAUAAAAUGAAUGCAUUAAUUAUUAUGUACCAAAUAUUCAAAUUUUAGCUUUGUUGAUAAUGAAUUUGUACAUUUCAAAUCUGAAUUAUGGCAGUAUCAUUUUAAACUUUGAGCAAGUGUAAACUUCUGAAAAAUUAAAACUAUUUUCAGUCUUUAAAAAUUAUAAAUAAGUCUGUAUCUAUUGUAUGAUUAUUGUAAGAAGCAAUUUUAUUACCUAAUAAAAUAAAAUAUUUAC